GGUUCCGGCAACCCCUGGCCUUCGGUUCCGGUCCUUCCUCCCACCCCCGUGUCCCGUCCCACCGCACCGGCCUCGGCCUCGGCCUCCCCCUCCCUUUCUCGCGGUCGCGGCACCCCACAGCUAUCACCCGACCUCCCACCGCCGCCACCACCGCCGCCGCGGGCCUGCUUCGGAUCCAGAAAUCCAGAAGGACGCCCGCUCGAUCCGCCGCAGGGCGGCGCGCCCGCCAGGCUCCAUCCCCGGAUCCGAUCGCCCGCUGGGUGGGUGGAAUAUCGUUGUCUUAAUUAUACUGACCUUAUCGUAUGGCAUUGGAGCCGUGAUGCCUCAUCCAUCUCUGAAGCUGUAUAGAAUUCAUUGCUUGGAUCAAUGUUCUGAAGUGCUGUCUAACAGUCAGAAAUGGACGGAACCGAGCUUGAAAAUCCUACUUCUAGGAGCUCAUCCCAGAAAUCUAGCCGACGUUCUAGUAGUAGGCGUUCUCAGAAGUCAGCUGGACAGCAUUCUUUGACCAGUACUCAAGAGAAAAGAAGCAAAUCAAAAUCUUCAAGGCAGAAGCACUUGGUUAUUGAUGACAAAGAGACUAAAAAGGGAAAAAACCAUGCCCACAAAAUUGAUGUAGCAGAUGAGAGGUCCAAUUUUGUAGGUUAUGAAGUGUAUGCUGGAAAGCUGAUUUUUGAUAAGAAAAAUAGAAGUGCAAGUGAUAAUAAUGAGUUACCAUCAAACAGAAAAGCUGAUGCAAUUGAUGCUAGACUCACAAGUAAAGCUCUGAUCUGGGGCAGCUCUGUGCUCCUCCUGGAGGAUGUCGUCUCUGUAUCAUAUAAUUCGGGAGUCAAACAUUUUACAUUGCAUGCAUACCCAACUAAAAAGUCUUUAUUUGGAAAGACACGCAGAGUUCAGAAAGACUUCUGCUUUAUAGCCUCUACCCUUGACGAGGCCAUUUUGUGGGUGACAUGCUUUGCCGAACAAAGUAUAUAUGUUAAUUUACUACCUCGCCCUGCAGCAUCUAGUAUCAAUCCAGACUCAGACAAUCCCCUCAGUGAGUCUUUAUUCGACCAGCCACCGAUUAAAUGCAAAUCUCCGCAAAGAGUACUUGUUAUAUUGAACCCUCGAUCUGGACAUGGUAGAUCAAGUAAAGUUUUCCAUGAGAAAGCUGAACCUAUAUUUAAGCUUGCAGGUUUUCAGAUGGAAGUAGUUAAAACUACUCAUGCUGGGCAUGCAAAAUCUCUUGUAUCUACAUUUGAUUUCAGUGUAUGCCCUGAUGGAAUUGUGUGUGUGGGUGGUGAUGGAAUUGUGAAUGAGGUGCUCAAUGGUCUUCUCAUUAGAAGUGAUAGAGCAGAAGCUGUAUCAAUUCCAGUAGGAAUAAUUCCUGCAGGGUCUGACAACUCACUUGUCUGGACUGUUUUGGGAGUUAGAGAUCCUAUUUCUGCAUCAUUAUUAAUUGUUAAGGGUGGCUUCACAGCUCUAGACAUCUUGGCUGUUGAGUGGAUUCAAUCUGGGCAAAUACAUUUUGGCUCAACUGUUUCAUACUAUGGUUUUCUUAGUGAUGUCCUGGAACUUUCUGAGAAAUAUCAGAAGAAAUUUGGUCCUCUUCGAUAUUUUGUGGCUGGAAUACUGAAAUUUUUGUGUUUGCCUAGCUACUUCUAUGAACUAGAAUAUCUUCCUGUGUCAAAGGAGAUGGCUGUGAAUGGAAAAGGUACAGAUCAAGACAAGACCCACUUGUCCAAUGUCUAUACUGAUGUAAUGCACAGUAGAUCAAAGAGAGAAGGAAUACCAAGAGCCUCCAGUUUGUCCAGUAUUGAUUCUAUUAUGACUCCGAGUCGGAUGUCACUUGGGGAUGUUGAUACAUCAGGUAGUACAGUGGCAAGCACUGAACCAUCAGACUAUGUACGUGGUCUCGAUCCGAAAGCAAAACGCUUAUCUCUGGGAAGAAGUAACAUUGUUUCAGAACCUGAAGCAGUGCUACACCCUCAGCCACAUCAUGGAUCAUUCUGGCCAAGAACCAGGUCGAAAGCAAGGGCCGAGAGAAAUUCAGUUGGUGUAACGUCUAGUAAUGACACACAGUUGUCUUGGGCAACCCCAGCAAUGCAUGAUAAGGAAGACAUUUCCUCAACAAUAUCAGAUCCAGGACCUAUUUGGGAUUGUGAACCAAAGUGGGACACAGGACCAAAAUGGGAUAGUGAGCUAACUUGGGAGCCUGACCACCCCAUUGAACUUCCUGGACCACAAGAGGACAUGGAAAUGGGAACACCAAUGGAACUUGUGCCAAAUUUGGAUGAGAAAUGGGUAAUUAGGAAAGGGCACUUUCUUGGUGUCCUAGUAUGCAACCAUUCAUGCAAGACAGUGCAAAGUCUGAGUUCACAAGUUAUUGCACCUAAGGCCACCCAUGAUGACAACAGCUUGGACUUACUCUUAGUUGGUGGAAAAGGAAGAUGGAAAUUGCUGAGAUUUUUCAUACUUCUGCAAUUCGGUCGCCAUCUCUCUUUGCCUUACGUCGAAUAUGUGAAGGUGAAGUCAGUUAAGCUUAAACCUGGAGCAAACACUCACAAUGGCUGUGGCAUAGAUGGUGAGCUUUGCCGUGUCAAGGGACAAGUACUCUGCUCCCUGGUUCCGGAGCAAUGCAGACUGAUUGGCCGACAAUGGAGACAAUCUAUUUAAGCGCUGUAUUGUUGAAUUUCAUGGGUCUUCGGUUCUUUCCACUUCUAACAACUAAUGUUUAUACAGUGAUACUUUCUGAUGUGAUUAAGCGUGGGUUGACGUUGCAGAUCUUGAGAGUUUGAACUGGACAGACAAUGUUGUGAGGUUUCUGUAUAUUUGAGUGGUUAUAGGAUGAUAUGUUGAUUCUGUUUAUUGAUGUUGCGUUUGCUUAUAUA